GAUUAUUUUUUUUCCCUACUUCUACAGGAGAAGGUGGGCCGGUAUGUCUGCCUAAUCGGGCCUCCAAUCAUCCAAUAGCAGUAGACGCUUAAUGAUGGUAUAUUUCUUGCCUUGGCUAACUACUUGAGCGGAAUUAAUUACGGAAGGGAUUCCAAAUCCGGCACGCAUCGCCAACCGAGCCAAUCGCCUCCGCUUCCGUUCGUCUCUGCUCCUCGGUUUGAUUGAUUCCGUGAGGUUGGUGAUAAGGAAAGGGGAGAGAACGCACGCCAUGGGGUCCAAAGCACCUCUCUUCCUCUUGCUCCUCUUGCUGCUUGUGGCCUCAGGACCUGCACGAGCCAAGGAUGCUGGUUACGGCCCAGUCUACAAGGAACAAAUUUCUUCAAUCAAGAUUCCUGUCCAUCUCAAGAGUAGCAACCCAAUAUGCUCAGCCUGUGAAAACUUCACGAAUGAAGCUGUCAGUUAUCUCAGUAAGAAGCAAACACAAGAUAAGAUUGUAGAAUUCCUUCAUGAUGCUUGUUCUCAGUCAUUCUCCUUGGAACAGAAGUGCAUCGAGUUGAUGCAGUCCUAUGCAGCUCUCCUGUUUUCCAAGAUUGCAGAGAUCAAGCCAGAAGAGUUCUGCAAACAGCAUGGCAUGUGCAGGGACAUUGCCCAUUUAUCUGGUGUGAGAAGUGACAGCACGUGUGUUUUUUGCCACCACCUGCUUGAUGAAAUUAUGUCCAAACUGAAAGAUCCAGACGCGGAGUUUGAGAUCAUUCAAAUUCUCAUCAAGGAGUGCAAUAAGAUUGAAGGUCAUGUCCAGCAGUGCAAAAGACUGGUCCUGCAGUACAUUCCUCUCAUCCUGGUCAAUGGUGAGAAAUUCCUCGAGAAGAACGAUGUGUGCGCGCUUGUACAAGCUUGUCCAGCCAGCCGUAAGAGGACAGCCAUCUCAGUGGAGGAGGGGGUAUUGCUCAGUGAUGCUUGAAGGUUGGAAGAACAUGUGAAGUGUGUAGCAAUGGUGCAAAUAGUGUGUUUGGUGCCGUGUUGUACAUAAGGUCAUAAAUGGAUGAAGGAUGGUGUCUUUGUGCUUCUGCAUUCUUUUCAUUUUGUAUCGUAAACAGUGUGUUAUGUAAUUUUUUAACGACAUCCAGAAAGUUUCAUCAUUAGUCAAAUGAAAUAUAAGAUUGUGCAGCAUUUUAUUUGCAUCAA